UGUAUUUACUGCAUUUCAGUCUUGUUUUUACCAGGUCGAAAGAAUAAAACCUGUCUCAUCAGUCUUUAUCUAGAGUCGGAAGUCAGAGGCAUGGAGUUUCUUUCCCUGAUGCGUUCCACAAACAUUCCCUUGAGGUCAUAAUGUCAUAUACUGUAACUCAUCCCUCACCAUUAUCAGUUAACAGCUACAUAUGUUGAGGAAUACUGCAAUCUGUUCUACUUUGCACACAACUGUCUGAUCUCAGAUAACACCAGGAUUAAUACUCAGUACAUAGUCUUCAUUCGUACGGCAAUAAAUGCACCAUUCAGUGCUUUUAUUUGAGUUUUCUUUCUUCUGGACCUUCUCCUUCUUGCAUUUUUUUUUUUAUAUAACUUUUAUAUAUUUUGUAUAUAACUGCACACAAACCAUAAAUGUGUUGGCAUUAUAAAUAUAUGACAUGCUUUAUCAAAUUUUAUAUAAUAUGUUAUUUUUUACUGUGAGUUUUGACUGUUUGCUUACCUAUUUCUGUAGGACCGGGGAUGACAAUACCGCAAAGCUCUGCGGCUUAACUUUGAUAUACUAUGGAGAAGAGAUGAUCCUGUCCAUCUAUAGCUAAAGAAAUACAAUUUAAAGAUUAUGGGGAAUUCGUACGCAGGGCAGCUGAAGUCUGCCCGCUUUGAGGAGGCUCUUCACAACUCUAUAGAGGCCUCGCUGAGAUCGAGCGGUGGCGACCCACAGCCCGUAUUCACGCAGCUGUAUCUCGAGCCCGAUCAGUAUCCUAACAACCUGGAAGAUAUUAAACCCAAAAUAGACUUGAGCCUGAGGUCCGACCCAUCCAGCCAUGUGCUGGUGAACUGCCAGCCCUCCAAUUGCAUUGAGGAUUUGGAUGAUGAGGACGAAUCAGACACCAGCAGUCCACCAUUGCCUUACCUACAGGGAACCCCACCUGAUGGCUGCUGCACUAUUGAUGGAUUCUGUCAAGCGGGAAAGGAUCUGCGCUUGGUUUCCAUGACAACAGAUUCUAUCGAGGUUCCUGCAGGGUUUGAGCUGGUCGGUGCUAAAUCGCCCAGCAUCCCAGAGCACAUUCUAGUCUGUGCAGUGGACAAGCGUUUCCUGCCAGAUGAGAAUGGGAAAAAUGCACUUUUAGGAUUUUCGGGGAACUGUGUGGGCUGUGGUGAGAAAGGGUUCCGAUACUUCACAGAGUUCUCCAAUCACAUCAACCUGAAGUUGUCCACCCAGCCGAAGAAGCAGAAGCACUUAAAGUACUACCUGGUGAAGAACUCUCAGGGUGCUCUGUGCAAGGGAGCCCUCAUCUGCUGGAAAGAUUGCAAGACAAGGCCUUUCUCAAGCAGUGCUUCUUCAUCCAAGCCUAGUUCCUCAUCCUCGCUAAGCAGCAAAGAAAAUGGAGACACAAAUGGCCACAGUCCAUCACCCUUCCCCCUCUCAGACUCGCCUCCAGCACGCCUGCAGUCCAGUUCCUCCUCAGGUAUUUUUGGAAUGCCAGAUCUGUGCUUCCUCAAACCGUUGAACACACCGACCCAUGGGACCAAGACUUUACCAAUCGUGCCCACUGCUCUGCGAGUCAAUGGUCUAACUAAUAGCCUGAGUAUAGAUGGACGGUCCAGUCUACUGAGCCCCCCUCAUGCAAACCCACUCGCCACACCUAGUCAUGGCCUUUAUCGGGCCACAGAACCAGGGGACAGCCCAGCAUCCUCUGCUAUGGCGUCAGGUCCACUCAAAAAGCGUCACCGCAGCUGGCACCCCACCUCUCUAGUGCCCGUCACUGCCACAGCUGUUCCUGUACCAGCCAUCCGGCCACUGGCAUGCAGCUCUGUUCCAGGUUCUUUGUUGACCUUGUCCAGUCAACAGCCUCCGUCAGUGUCGGGGGUCAUACAGCCCCAACCAAUCACAGCAGGAGAAACGGUCAUCAUACCCGACAACCUUCUGAGCACCUCCGGGGUCCGACCAGUGCUUCUUAUUGGUCAAGGCACUUUACCAUACUUCUUUGGCAAUGUGGGUGAUCUGGUGGUGAGCCCCUUGCUGGUCAGCUGCUAUAAUGGCAGAGAGCUGAAUGAAAAGACCCUCGCCAGUCUGGGCAUAUCAGCCAGCCAGUUACUCACCACAGAGACCAUGAUACUGCUCACACUGCAAUACCUCGCACGACUCGGCACGGAGCAGAUCCCAUUGCGCGAAGAGUUUGAGCAGAUCGUUCUGAAGGCAAUGCUGUGUGGGCCGACUGGACCUUCUGUGUCCCCUGCCCAGUUGCCAUGGUUAGCUCGUAUGGAGGCCAGUGUAUCGGGGGGCAGCGUUCAGGUGGUGGUCAUACACGGCUCUCUAGGAGAGGGCAUCUCAGAGUCACUGCGCUCACUGAGUGAAACGCCACUGCAGCAGCAGCAGUGUUUGCCAAACUAUGUGCUCAUUAUCUGCACUUCGAAAAGUGGGGCUAAUGAGUUCUGUGUGCUGGUGCUGGGUAAAUAUCAGUCUCGAGCUCUGGCGGAAAGCAUGCUCACAACGAACGAGUUUCUGAAGGAGAUCAGCUACGAGCUCAUCACAGGGAAAGUUAGCGUGCUUGCUUCACACUUCCAAAGCACCUCACUAGGGGACAACUUGAACAAACAGCUGGUUCGGUAUCAACGUAAACGCAAAGACCGUGUGGUUCAGCCUUUCCAGGGACAUCUCACUGAAUACAUCCACUCCCAAGAGGCAGCAGCCAUGAUUCCAGAAUCAGGGCCAGAGCUGUUGAGUGACAGUUUUCAGAUACACCCUCCACAACUAAGUGUGGCACGCAGUCUCCUGUCACAGGUGUGUGCUAUCGCUGACUCAGGCAGCCAGAGUUUGGAUCUGGGCCGCUUUUGCAAGGUAGACUUCCUGAUUCUGGUACCGCCAUCUCAUGUACUGGCUCAUCAAACGAUGCAGCGGAUACGACAAUCAGGUGUCCUGAUAGAUCUAGGGAUAGAGGAUGCAUCAUUUGCCCUACAGAAAUCCGACAAGUAUGUAGUGCGUCUGGAUGCGGAGGUCCACACAAAAAUGGAGGCUUUCAUGAGGAAGGUCAAGCAGAACCCUUAUACACUCUUUGUCCUCAUUCAUGACAACUCACAUGUCGACCUGACCAGUGCUCUGUCAGGGUCAGUUUGUCACGGGGAGCUGCAGGGAUUGGCCGACCGGGCGGUGAACUGUCCAGAGGUUCUGGAAGCCAUAAACCUGCUGGUGCUGCAGGUCAGCUGCUUUCCCUUCACACUGCAGAGCCAUCAGUCACGCAUCAGAAUACAGAAUGAAGUACACUGGCCCAACCCUGAAAGCCUGCAAGGUGAAGCAUUACCUAAGGAUCUGGUCUACUUUGGGCUGAAGGACUACAGCAGGUCCCUUCAGUGGGGGGUGGCAAGUCCAAUCCUUCGAUGUGAUGAUGCCUUUGAGCGGAUGGUCAAAACGCUUCUAGAGAGGCAUCCACACUUGCACAGUAUGGUGAUCCGCAGCUAUCUGUUGAUCCAGCAGUACACAGAGGCACUAAUGGCCCUCACCGCCGCCCCCUCACUGAGGGACCACGUGACGCCUCAGACCCUUGCCAUGGUGGAGGAUCUGCUGAGUGUGCCAGGUCGCAGCAGACACGGGUGCGGGCACAUGCUGCUGGUGCGCGUGCCCUCACUGCAGCUUGCACGUCUGGCACAGGAGCGGCUGGAAGAGGCCCGGGACAAAUUGGGUUUGCAGUACCGCUUCGCUGUGUUGCUGGGCAGCCCUGUUGCGGAGAUCAACCUGCCAGUGCACUUCUGUGCCCGUCUGCGAGCUUGGCAGGGCUGUAAAAAUGAAGAAUGGGUCCCUCACACAUAUGAAGAUCUGGAAGGACUUCCAUGCAUUGUCAUCCUCACUGGAAAAGACCCUCUAGGAGAGACUUUCCCAAGGUCUCUGAAGUACUGUGACCUGCGGCUGAUAGACUCCAGCUAUCUGACACGAACAGCCCUGGAGCAGGAGUUGGGUCUGGCUUGCUCGUACGUCACACGCAGUGUUAUACCUGAGAUGAAAACUGCAGCAGGCAAAGAGGAGAGACAGAGAGAGGAUGAGAGAAGCUCAGGAGAAGCAACAGAACAUGAUGAACUCCAGAUGGAGCUGGAGAGACCACCCAGCAAUGCCAGUGCUGCUACCAGAACCUCUGGUGGAUCUACCACUGAAAACGGUGUCAGUUCUUCAAGCAUACUUGACAAACCCUCCUCCCAUGGUGACCCUGCCAGUAGCAAUAGAGCUUUAAUGGACUCUCCUUAUCGCUUCAAACAAGAGUGUGACUCCCAGGCACCCUCCUCAUCCGCCACGGCCUCUUUCUCCUCUGCCUCCUCCUCCUCUUCCUCCUCAUCAUCUCCGGCAGCUCAGAGACCGAGUCAGUCCACACAGGCUCUGCGAGAAGGGAGCAGGACGCAAGUCUUUCCCAGGACAGCGGUGCUGUCCCGGGCGGCGUACACCCUGCUUGCCCCUGAGACUCUGGGUCAGCCCAACUCAGCGUCCCUGCUGCCCCAUGCUGAUGUGGCCUGGAGCAGUCCGCUCAGAUCGCCUGUUCCCCACAGCCUCGGAGGAGCAGAGCAGUCUCUGUACUAUCGUCAGUGGACCACAGCUAGGCAGCACCACGCCGAUUAUGAAGGGCCACCCGUACCACAUCCCAGAAGACUGCUGUUGAGUGGACCACCGCAGGUGGGAAAAACAGGCGCGUACUUGCAGUUUCUGCGGAUUCUGUUCCGUAUGCUGAUUCGCCUUCUGGAGGUGGAUGUGUAUGAUGAAGAAGAGCUGGAGGAGGAUGUGCCAGACAAAUCAAAGGUUCAACCUGCCAGUUUACCACAGUGGCCUGACGUGGAGGACAUCCGUAAACUGCGAUUUGACCUUUACCCCCAUGACCACAAGUUCAGACAUGCAAGUCCAGUGCAUACAGACAGGAUGCCAAAGACACUGAACGGAGUGAAAACAGAGAGACUGGAGGCAGAUGGAGAACAACCGAAGAGAAACACUGUGUCAGUCAGACUCAGCAUGUUUGCAGCCCACAAUGCAUUUCACCACUGUGAGCAGUGUCACCACUACAUCGAGCCAACUCCUGCCACACAGCUGUCCGAUUGCACCUUCCAUGCCUUCACGUUCUGCUCAUCCAUGCUGGGAGAAGAAGUCCAGCUGCACUUUAUCAUUCCCAAAGCCAAAGAGCAUCACUUUAUUUUCAGUCAGCAGGGCAGUCACCUGAAGAGCAUGUGUCUCCCUCUGCUCUCUGACAAGGACACUGGCAUGCUGAAAAGUCCCAUCUUCACCCCCACCACGGGUCGACAGGAGCACGGCCUUCUCAACAUCUUCCAUGCCAUGGAAGGAGCCGAACACCUGCACAUAUUGGUGGUCAAGCAGUAUGAAAUGCCCCUUUACAGGAAGUACUGGCCCAACCACAUCCUGCUGGUGCUGCCUGCAAUGUUCAACAAUUCAGGAGUGGGAGCAGCUCGGUUCAUGAUCAAAGAGUUGUCUUACCACAACCUGGAGCUGGAGAGGAAUAGACAGGAGGAGCAGGGCAUUAGACGACAGGACAUCUGGCCUUUCAUCGUCAUGAUGGAUGAUUCAUGUGUCCUGUGGAACGCCCGUCAGCCUGGACCCGAGGGCAACAGUGAGGAGAUGAAUGUGUCACUGAAGAGUGUCUUAAAGAACAUGGAGGCCACUCCGAAGAUCUCUCUGUAUGCCAUGUGUGGCCUGCGGAAAUGGAGCAGUAGUUUGUCUUCUCAAGCUUCUUCAGUUCCUUUCUCUCGCUGUCACCUCCAUGACCUCGUCAUGCUGAAUGUUGACCUCACCCAGAAUGUCCAGUAUGACCUCAACCGGUUCACGUGUGAGGAAGUGGACUUUAACCUGAGGGCAAACAGCAGUGGUCUUCUGCUGUGUCGUUUCAAUCACUUUAGCGUCAUGAAGAAACACAUUCCCAUUGGAGGACACAAAGACUUCCUCAUUAAACCCAAACCCAUGAGGAUGGAGACCCCAGUGCAUGUCAGUGCGUCUCAGUAUGUCUGUGCUCCAGACAGCGAACAAACUCUUCUGUCUGCACCAGCUCAGUUCUUGCUGGAGAAGUUUCUGCAGAGCUGCAGUCAUCGACUCUUUCCUCUGGCCCUCUGUAACAGUGCAAAUCCAGUGCUGUCCAUCGACAGCUACCUCAACCUUGGCCCAGAGAUUGAGGUUUGUUACGUGAGCUCUCGUCCUCACUCAGUGAAUGUGGAUCAUCAGGAAGUUGUCUUCAGUGGGCUGGUGCUCUAUCUGUGUGAUUCAUUUGUAGUUUCGAGUCUCCUGAAGAAGUUCACCUUUCUCAAAGGCGCCACAUUGUGCGUGAUCUGUCAAGACCGCAGCUCUCUUCGUCAAACUAUUGUGCGUUUGGAACUGGAGGAUGAGUGGCAGUUUCGUCUGCGAGACGAAUUUCAGACGGCCAACUGCAGUGAGGACCGGCCCCUAUACUUCCUCACCGGCCGCCAUAUCUGAACACUGACAACUACAACACCUCCAUUUCAGCUUUUUGGCCACAACAUGGAGAAAAUGCUGUCCAGCAUCAAGGGAGAAUAAGACUUGAGAUUGUACUGGAACAGAGCUUUUCUAUAAGAAGGAUUCCUCUUAAAGGUUCAUUCCCAUGGGCUCGCCACUCAGCACUACCUCUGAUAAUGUUUUGAGGACAAAGACUCUGAAGAAAUUUCCAACUUACAGAUAUCGUGCUGGACACAGGUGUUGUCCGAUUGCCUUGCGUGUUUCCCCUCUUUUUACAUUUUGGAAGAGCUUUGAGAACUUUGUUGAUGAUUUUUGCUUGUCCUAACACACAAGGACAUUUUGAGACGUCUGAAUGAUUGUAAACAUUAUUAUAUGUCCUCUUUGGACAUAUGUAUAAUCUCAGGGUUUUUUCUCUCAAGACAAGACUUACUACUGCUAUUACUUACAUGUCUAUUGCCUAUUUCAUAUAUUUCCUGAUGCCAUACACCAAAGACUUAUAAACUCCUCAAGCCAGAAUCUCACCUACAUAAGUUUGCACAGGUGCAGUUGCACAGCAGCACAUGUUGCUUAGGUGUGUAUUCUUGCAUACAUUGGUCAUGGUCGACAAGAACUAAAUCCAUCUAGUAUUAUCAAGGUGAAAUGACUUAAAAUCUCCUAGAAUCUUUUAUCUUGCCAAAAAUAUUGCCCAACAUAAUCAAAAACACUGAAUCCAUGCUCCUGUGAGUCAUCUAUUAUCCAAGUUUGGGUAUUUUAAUUGGGUCAACAAAGUUUGAAUACUGGUUGUUUUCAUUUUUGGCCUACAAUAGCCAAUGUGUGCCUAUGUUCUUUAUUAUUUGUAAUGUUGUUUGGACAAAAAACAUCUUAAAACUGCUUAAGGUGGUUUCCCUGAUAGCACAUGUGCAUCACUGGAAUACCAGUGCCCAAAACCCUUCUAAAACCUUCAAACCAGACCAGCGUGGUGGUCAGCUAAGACUAGCAAACCACUGUAGGCUAAGCUAUUUAAGCUUUUAAACAUUUUUAUUAAGGAGGGACAUACUGAUGAUCUUAUGCAUAUAACGUCACAUUUCUAACAGCAACAGGUGAGAUGUUUGUUUUGAAAAUUUGGGAUCUGCUUCGAGAUAGGUUAUCGUCUCUACAGUUAGCGUCAUGUAAUCAUCAUAUUUUGCCAAAACAUUCCUUAUUUUGAAGUAGCUGGGAAUGUUUGGAGUUGCACACUGUGAAUGCCAUAAGUGAUAUAACCCUGAAGAACUCACAAUCCAAAACGCCACUCCAAAAGAGGCAGUGAACAGCGAUUUUAAUGGAAAUGUGAAAACAAAACAACAAAACGGCAGCUAGCUUGCUAGCUAGCUAGCUAUUAUGGCAUGUUUGAGAAGAUGAAUUAUCUCAACAGGGAUAUCUUGUGGCAUUUAGGACUUGUUGGAUGUUUAAAGAAAAAGCUUUGUUUACAUUUUAAGAAAUGCCGAUAUUAAUAUAUUUGACAAACUUUUUGUCACUUUGGAUUUUGGCUAGUUUUACAGAAAAGUCACUUUGAGCCACAUGAGUCACGGAUAACCUGCAAUUUUUUUUCUUAUGUCCAUGGCACAAAGAGUCUAUCUAGGAUUUCCAAUGUUUAGGACCCUUUAGUUUUUGUUUUGGGUGAUUUAUUUAACAUGAAAAAAAAAAUGGAUUUCUUUUUUGAGGGAUUGUUUUUUUUUUAUUUAUUGAAGAAGCUUUUUGUAAUGUUAAUCAUUUAAAUAUCUGGAAAGCUUAGCUAUCGGUCAAGUCCUUGAAUUAGUCACCUUUGCACACUUCCAUUGAUACUAUGUAUAGAUGCUGUAUUAGAAAUUAACUAAUGUAAACGAAAACUAGCAUAACAAAUAUAUGGUUUACACGCGUUGCCAGUAUCAACUGACUGGAUUGUUUGUAAUAAAAAACAUCAGGUCCCGUAAUGAUACUGAUUGUAAUGAAGAAAGCCAAAUGCCCAC